AAUGUACCUUCAACAAAACUGAACAUUAAAGGCUUUCUAUGUGUUUUGCUCUAUCGUUUGUCUACAUAUAGGGUUUAGGUUUUUGAUACAAUCCGCGUGUGAAUAUCAGCUAGGCCAUGUGGUCCUUCAAUGAUAGUGAUAGUAACGUUAUACAUACAAAUAGCCUUAGAUAUAAAAUAUAUAUAAACUUGUAAAAGUGCUCUCAAAAUAUCAUUUUGCAAACUAUCGCAAUCAAAAUAGACUAGGCCUGAGUGCCGUAAAGAGAACACCAAUAUCGAGAUCAAAACUGAUAAAAAUACACAAUAACUUCACAUAAGUAUAUAAUCUACUAACUCAAAGCAAUGACUUUUGGCAUUUUUUCAGUAAUAUAAUAUAUAUACUCGCGAUUUUUGACGAAGGAUGCUGACUUCGCGACAAGCAUAAUUUUUUAGAAAUUAUAAUGUAAUAYCAUUCUUUAUGUUCCUUAUUAUCAUGACAUACUUUAGAAACGGGAAACUAUAGAUAUUAAUUCGUGAAUAAUAAUAAAGGCUUGCUGGUUGGUUAUGACGUCAAACGGCUUCUUGUUAGACUACUGUACUCAGACAUUUCUAUUAAAAUACGAUUCAUUUACAAAUGCUUUUGAAAUAUUUUAGUUUCGAAAAUGAGCUGAAAUUAUUUAAAAACAGAAACUAAGUAGAAAAACCACGCACUUGUUUAAUUGUAUGUAAACUUCCUUGAUUGUAGUUUGUAGAAAGCGAAAUUCAAAUACUUCAGAAGACAUGUGGCUUAUUAAAGCUUUAAAAAGUUUUUUUAUAUAUAGUUUUUUUUUUACAAGUUAUAGAAGCAUAGUAAAAAUAGAAAUAUCUGUCAGGGGGUGGGGUGGUGGAUAAAAAGGUAUCAAGUUAAGUCGUAUGUUUCCAUGACCCCGAUAGUCAACUCGAUGCACGCGUUGACUAUCGAGUGKUGGCAAAACAAUUUUUGUUUACAAUAUAAURUAGUUCUUUCUGUAUUUUGCGUUGUCAAUAACACAGCUGAUUUUGCUGAUCGGUGAUAAGUAGAAAGCCAUCUAGUUUUUAACACCGUUUUCAAGCAGGAAGCGACAGCCUUUCACUAAAAUUGCUGCCAUCAUUUUCGCAAUUAGCGGGAAAAAAUCGAAAUAUUUUUGUUGUUGAUGUUUAUCACCAGAAGUUUCGCUUUGGCAAAACCAAUGUCGGUAGAGACCACACUGGGUGACAAUUUCUCCCUGACCUUUAAUUGGAAUUUGUACAGGGGAUUUCAAUAGAGAAAUUGUUUUAUUCGCCGAAUGAGUGUCUCCCGGCCUGUUGUUCCUUGAAGGACACGGCUGCGUGCACCUGCCUCCACUAAUUAUCGAACCAACAACUUUUUAUCUGCUUUCCUCAAUGGUUUUCUUAUUAAAAUUGUAAAUCAUUCAUUAAAUAUUAAGACCUGCAAAAUACCUACAAAUACAGCUUUUGAAGAGAGCUUACAGAAUAAUCGCCUGACAAACAAUACUGUAGGUAGUCGAUGUUUUUUCGCUUUAUAUAUUUUGAUGAAUAUGUUGUGUCUGUUGGAAUUCAAAUUGUAAGAAAGGUUUAAUGUUUUCCACUCAGAGUAUCUUAUAGUUACUAGUUAUGAAAAAUUUAUACACAGAAGGGUCCAGCAAGUUUACGUAAAUUAAGUUUAGACUGCAAGUCGAACAACUUGUCGUGAAUGUAAGUCAUUCACGCAAAUAAUUCCUAUUUACAUUAAUAACAUUUUGUAUAUGGUCUUUAUGAAAUCCCCAGUAACAGUUACAGAACCGAUGGUGUUGAUCCUUAGAAAGACUCGCCAAGUUGAAGCUGCAUUGUCCGCCAGGUUUAACGCGUUGCUAAGAGAUAUCUUAUCAUUCGUGAAAUUAUAAUGUUAUCGUCAUUUCGAGAAUUUAAGCAAUUAAAAAACUCAAAAUAUGAUUUAAACUAUACGUGUGACUUAAACAGCAGUCGGAUUACUUUAUUUUUGUUAUUUUAAAAACUAACUAAAAGUUCACUACUCAGUUAACAUGCAUGUAAAAUAUACAAUGUUACACACAAAAAAAAAUUCUAAAAAUUCCUUUCGCACUUAAAUCAUUUCCAUAAAUUAAAAUAUUGUUUAAACAAUUUGCUAAAGACUUUUUUCGCACAUAAACCAGUGUGCACGCGUUUAAAGAGUUGAGUUUGUUCAGGGACCUUUGAAGACAGCGACAAUGAUGUCCUUGCCUUUGUUAGUCAACUUGACUGUAUUUUAUACUCGCACAAUAACUUGGCACAACUCACCAGCUUAAUUGACUCUAUUUUCCAGCUGGUAAAACUUAAGUCUCAAAAGAGGAUAGCGCCGAAAACUAAAUAAGGUACACAGCUUAUGAAAAAAUUUCACAAUUCUCUAAUAUCAUGAAUCCGUAAAAUAUUCUCUGAUAGUGUUUUACAGCAGUCAUGAUAUUUUGCUAAUAUUGAUCGCAGGUUGUUCUAAAAUAUUGAAACCAUUGCUUCUAAGGUUUUUAAAAUUUAAUCAUGAUUUGUUACUGUGGAGAUUUAGCGUUUACACGAAAUGUUUUUCACUGCAUCUAAAUGAGAAUAGAUUAGCGUCAAUAUUUGACUUUUUAUUCAUGAAAACCUUUAAGGAAAUUCAACGUUUUUGGCCAGUUUGAGUUAUCAGAAGGUUGUUUGACGUCAUGAGUAAGGCUUCAAGCUAAUUACAUAGUCAAAGCUCUUAACUAAAUACUGAAAUCUUUUGACGGAGCCGAUAACACCCGUAUAUUGACUUGGUAUAAUUCCUGACCGAUAAACAACGGAUAUUCCAACGUAUGCAUUACGGUAAUGUAUGUUGUUUGGUUAAAAAAAACUACAACGGAAGAGACUGCUAUUACCAAACAUGGAUCUAUCUACUUAAAUUAUUGUUACAAAACCCAGCGUCAAAGCGGCUUUCAUUAGGGAAAGUUUAGCAGUUUCGGUUCCUCUAGUCGGUGUAGAGAAGGUAAUAGCGCAUAAUGCACGGCCGCUGAGUAAAAACAAGAGAACACGAAAACAAGAAAGUAAGGAGAUCUUAAGAUUGCGCAAACAGUACAGAGUAAAUUGUAAGUAAUAUGGUAAGAACAGAGGCGUGAGAUGGCGUGGUAAGUUUGACUUUUUGUCCUCAGGCAAAAUACUUUACUGGCUCUUAUACUGCCUCUCUCCAAUUUUAUAUACGGAUAUCGUCGGCAUUUUCUAAAGGAGAAGUUUCCGUCGUUCUAAAGUUUAUUAGGUUCGCGAGUCCACAAUUGUUAGAUUCAUUUAAUUUACUUUACGAUCAGUCGUGAAGCAUACCGAAAGAGCCCUAAAAUGCAGAAAUAGUCCCGGAAAAACGGUUUAAGUUGAAAGUGACACCAAAUCGUGCAUAUGAAAGUAACAAAAACAGAAUAUAUUAUAGAAAUAUAAAUAAAAUGAAUUUAAGAUGAAUGUCAAAUGAAAUGAUUGUGCACCGGAAAUGUAGAUCCAAGCAGGACCAUUUUAUGAAGUCUAUGACGUCAUUUCUUUUGCUACUUAAGCAGACGCACGAAUUUUAAGGGUUGUUUUUAGCACUGAAAACAUUUAUWGAUUCUUUCCCAAUAAGCAAAGAAACGAAUCUCAGCUGGAUAUAAAGAAAAGUGUAGAUACCAAGCUGACGGAAAAAAAUUACUUAUUUUUAAUUAUCCAUUAUGACAGAAAAACACUCGAACUGCAGUCUGUAGUUCAAACCCGCUGAAAAAUUCCAAGCUCCAUAGCAACUCUGAAAUGAUUAAGUCUGUUGUCCUCCUUCUAUUUAAACACCAUCUACACAGAUACUUAUUUUCAAACGCUCGAUAAAUUCUUUCCGAUGACUUCGGAUGCCAAGGUAACGAAACCCCCAGGGUACUGCACUGCUAGACAGUUCGUCAAUGAGAGCUUUAGUUCUACAUCUCUUGUGUGAACUUACAUGUUCCUCUGAAACGACUUCAAAGAAACCACGCGAUAUAUCCACCUUUUGAUGAAUGGAUUUAGCUGAAAUGACAUCUUAAUUUCUUAGUAAGGUAUGAUAAAUAGUGAAAAAAUGAGAAGCCAGUAACACUAGCGCUGUCGUUUGAAAUGACAGAAAUGUUCUGCAUGCUAUUACAGUGUUUUCAUGACCAUUUCUUGGCGGUUGACAGUGAGAAAGCUUUUUUCUGAGGGUAUUUUUUUAGGAAUUCCGUUUAGUGCAAUCAUUAAGGUUGGCUGUGUUUUUAUCAGGUAUUAUUUAAACUGCAAAGUACCAAUAAAUAAUCGCAAUUACAACCUGUCAAAACCUGACUUGUGCUUCCGCGAUUUCUCAGCCUUAGGAAAUAGCACUUUGAAAGAUAUUACGCUGUAAUACUAGAAUGGAAUCCCUCAAGACAAUACCGGGACGAAAACGUCAUAUCAAAAACCACUUGUCUUAUAGAGAAACAGCUAAACGUUUGAUAUAGAAAGUGAUGUGCAUUCAAAAUAAGCCAUAAAUUCUAUUUUUAAAAUUCAAAUGACAAUCAAGUCUUUUUAAUCAAAAAUGUCUAUGUAAUUCUACCAAAAGUAAUACAUCGUUUUGUACUGUUUUACUACAAAGGGUUUAUAAUGACAAGACCCAUUUUAGUGCCCAGGUAAUCUCAAACAAAUCAGCAGCAAGACUUGUCACUUGGCUCAGACUGCGCGGUUUUCUUGGUCGCGAUCACUUGUCCAUUAUAAAUAAAACAGUGCAUUCUUGCGCUAAAGGUUACGUUGCUGCUUAAUAUCGAAAAAGACACACAAUCGUUCUUUUUAAAACAUUGACUUUCAAAUCCCAUAGUCUUGUCUCUAUGGUAACCAACGGUUGCCUGGCAAAUUCCAUAGAGACGAAGGUACACGUUAAAGUGCUGGGAAUUAUCGGUGAUUUAUUUGCUCUGAUUUCACUUACCGCGCGGAUUUUGGAAGGUAAUGAAAGAUUUGCCCAAAAUGACAUUCAUUGUAACUAGUGGCAAUAGUGCUGAAGAUUUGCGUUAUUUCGUUUUCGUGUUGUAUUCGCAUUGUUCAUUCAUAUUCAUUCUCGAUGCGAUAACCCAACGAAACGCAUAAUUUAGCCCCUGAAUUUUCAAAUCUAUGCAUCCAUGAACUGAAAACUAUCGUUUUUGAUAAUUCCGAUAAAAUUAAUGAUGAAAAUCAGCAAAAUUGUAUCUGAAACUUGAACGUGAACUGUUACAAAACGCCUAAUCGAACGAUGUUUUCUUUCGUCGCUUUUCAUCUCCAAAGCUACGAGUAAUUAUUCGGUUAUACCCUUGUAAUCAUGACUAGGAUUAAAGCUUCAACAGAUCAUAUGAUAUCCGAGCACAUGGCAGCGUUCAGUARAGUAUGUCACGUGAUCAAGAUCUCCAUUGUUACAUUUUAAUUCAAUUUCUUCUUUAAAGAGAGUUUUCAGUUCGAUAGUAAAAGUGUAACGGUGACACAUGAUAACGGUGUGUGUGUUUUGGCAAGCUGUCAUUCCUAGAARGUGUUUUGUCAGAUAGGUACAUGUCAUUUGUGUGUAGGUCUAUAUACAAUAUUGUAAAAAAGCUCGGUUUAAUGACAGCUGCUGAAGGACGUUUUUCAUCUAUAGGGAUCGACUACAAGCUAGUUGAUAACUUUAUGCCUUUUUAACCUUUUUUCAAUCAGGUUACCGUAGACCGUGAAAGUAAGUUAAAACCCGAUCGCUAGCCAAUCAUAUUACGAGACCGCACCAAUCAUAAACCAAAAUGAUUAAUAUUUUUAGAUGUGGAAAAAAGAGCCAAAUCUCCUUACUGAAUCUGAACCGAAAAUUAUUGUAAGUCAUAGAUAAGAUAUCAAAUGCAAUGGGCAAAGUGUGUGAUAUAGURUUCCUCAUACAGGAAAUGAUUUCUUUCCAUGUGAUGUUUAUAGCAUUUAAAGGCGAUAGAAAGCAGCUCAUUAAGUCUAUCCCGCUUCCUUCCAUCUAUCUAUGGAAUAACAAUUCUAGAUAAAAACAACCAAUGGUAAAACAGCUGCCGAUAUUAUACUUUCUAAGCGUAAAACUUCUCUUCCAUAUUGAUAUUGGCAGAAGAUUGAUUAAGGGUGAUUCUGUAACUCUUGUUCACCUCGCACAUCACCGAGUAGUAUUAGCGAGGUUUUUAGGAAAUUGGCAUAUUCUUUGAUUUGGAAUAAACUUGAUAUGGAUAAUGCACUUGUCUUAACGUGGCAAACUGGGAGAGUAAAUGGGACCUCAAGUAUUAAACAAACGGUAGCAGAGACUUGAGAUAAAAAUAAAGAAAUUGAUCCGCCAAUAAAAGGCUUGAGAAGAGCCCAUCAGCUCAUAUCCGGAGACAGCGACACAACCGAUUAUCACGGUGAUCCGCGGCGACAGAGACAUUGAAUACUUGAAAGGUUUUCUAGGCCGUCUAAGCUAUGACGUCACUCGGGAAAAAAACACAACCAGAGAUUUUUGUCACUCUCAUGUUUUAGCCUCAAAAGUGCACGUUCGCUUUAUACACUCUGAUUGGUACUCAGUGAGUCUUGUUUCGCUAAAAGCCUAUAAGUCAAAGGUGAAGUAACAACUUAAAAGGAUAUCAUCAAAAGUGUCACGAGCCGCCCAUCCCAGCUAAAGCACUAGAGCUCGAUGAACCUUGGAUGUGUACAUACUGUUCCGUAGGUGCAUUUUGUCCUUACCUUGAAAACCCAUUUGAAGCCAAGGAUAAAAGAAACGAGCCCCUAAGAAGACGACGAAUUCACCCGCUCAGCGGUGACAGUAGCGUCGUCACGACCGCCUGGAAUUCUCACGGACAUCGAGUGUUGACCAAGAAACAAGUGAACCACGGUAUGUCCGGUUUUUACUACACAUCGCCAUCACAACACAGAGAAGGCAGUCGACCGAGAGGACGACCACCGUUUAGCCACAAAAAACAUAUGAAUGAGAAACGAGGACGAGGAAUUGGACGAUCACCAAACAGAAAUCAAACAAGGGAACGUGAUCAUCAAGCUGAACGUGACAUCCAACAGGAAAUCAACUCAAGAAAGAACUACAACAAGCAUAAUUCAGAAAUGCAGCAUCGUACUAGUCAUUCGCGUUACAGUUCGCCAAGUCGWAGUAGUCGACACGGGGACGAUGUCGAUAGCUCAGGAAGCGACAGAUCACAAAGCAACAAGGACUCUGAAAGCAACCCAAGAAAAGAAAACAACACAAAUAAAUCACUUUCGKUUGUAAAACACCAUCGUCGAGAUCCGCCUAGAGAAAAGCAACGUCUUACCCAAGACCUGGCCAGGCAAAAACGCCUUUUGAGCGAAGAUCUUGCUCGCAAUCAGAUACUCCAAAGGGAUCAAAUCACAAGCAACUUUGAUACACCAGACAGUGAUUCAGCACAGGAUCAAUGCGACUCUSUCAAAGACAAUGAAGACUGUAUAAAUGAAAAAGACAGCAGUCAAUUGACUAUGUAUGAAAAAUGUUAUGGAAAUAGCACGGCCACGAGUCCUGGGGACGAGUCUACGGAAGAAACUCAACGUGAGAUAAAAUCUUCAAGAUGUGAUAAUGUCGAAAARUCUUUAUUUGAACGAAUGUUGAACAGAACUUCACUUUCUGAAACUAAACACAUUGAGUUUAUUAACGAGAGUCAAUUGGAAAUGAGGAGUGAUGAGGAGAAGAAUGACGCCGAUCACGUGAUUGCUAAACCCUUGUCUCCUCAAUCGGACAUAACGAGCAAAGGCGAUCUCAAUAGGAAAGUAAAACUUCCUGUUUUUGAGAAUGUUACGGAUGAUGAGCUGACAAUAAGCGACAAUGAAGCAUCCGCUCAUCCUGAAGUGAAUUCGCAUGAGAUUUCCUCUAAUGYGCUUGUUACAAGAGCUGAAAUAGUUUCUAAUGCGAACUACUGUUUCUCAAACUCACAGUCGCUGAAUAAUCAUUCUUCUGAAAAAGAACUUUCGGCCAUAGAGCAUGAUAAGGACUACAGUGAUAAAAACUCGUGUGAAUGCUCGACUCAUGAAGGAUCGGAUAACGAUACCAGUACUUAUUAUAAUGGAGGUGAUGCUAAGGWAAUUAAGGAAAUGCUAAAAUCGGAUCAGAAAUCAGAUCACAGCACUAUCAAAGCUUCAAAAAUGUCACAAAUUCUUGACGAACCGGACAUACAGUGUGAACAUUCAUUAAGAAAUGAAAAUUUUAGCCAAGAAAGGGACGAUAAUGAAACUCAACAUGAUUCAAAAACCGCUAAAGACUCAAUGGAAAAUAAUCUCGCAAUCAAUUCUAUUGCAAAUGACUUUGUUGAUUCUAAUCAUCAAGACGAUAUAGUAGAUGAAUUUGAAAAUAGCAAGGACCUAGAGAACGCAUCUAUGGAACAAGACACUGAUGUCUCAAAUAACGAAGGAAUGUCUGAUGCUGAGGAGUUAAGCGAUCUUGAGCCUGUAACGUCAUCAGGAAAGGCAAAGAUUAAACGAAAAACACGAAAAAAGUCAAAAAGUUCAAAGGGCGUCACAAAAAUCAUGAGUUCYCCACAAAGGCAACCUAGACGUAGCAAAACAGGGCGCAGACUAGGACGUCCUCCUAAAGUAAACAAGCAAAUACGGCAAAUUGACAGCGAUAGUGAUGAUCAAGACAAUAUCAACAGCGAUUUUAAAGGUGAAAACAAAGAACACAAAUCAUUGAGUCCUUCAAAGGAGCUCAUCGCCGCUGAUUCUACACAAGACAAUUACAAAGAAAAUGACGAGUCUAGCCAGUUUGAUGRUAAUGCAUCGAAAGAUGAGGAUGUAAAGGGUGAAGCUAACGAUAUUGAUGGUGCUGAGGAAGACCCACUUUCACCCGAGAGUCUUGUCCAACAGGACUCAGACACUGAAGAUGCAAAUCAAGAAAUUUUUUCUUUAACGGAUGCAGAACGACUGCAGUAUGAAGAGCAAGGAAGAAAAGAAAGAGCAAGGAAAGAUAAACGAAUUGCUGCUAGGCAAAAAAGAAAGAGCGUUGAUCGAGAUCGUGACAAAGAGCGCUCAACGCCCCCUCAUUUGAUCAGUCAAAACCGUUUUGCUCGUGACCUUCCAAGACACAACUGGCUUGUUGAACGUCUUCUUCAACAAAAGAAACUAGGACAGGAAGCUCUGAAACAAGAUGAAAAUGAGAAUUCUGAUAACGCUGAAGGAAAUUCCGACGAGGAGUCUAAAAUAAAGGAUGAAAUGUCAACAAACAAUUCAAAUGUUGACAUUGAACUUGAUUCAAAAACGCAAGACACAAUGUGCAUUAAAGAUACRCAAUCAGAAUGCGCUGAAGCCCCCAGAGAAGAUCCUUCCAGUCCUAUUAAAGAUGAUUUCCAAUCGGAACUUCACAGGAGCUUCCUACGUCGAAGUUUUCCUCCGAAUGUACCUCGUUCUCCGCCAAAACUUAAACCUGCUUCACCCGAUAGCAACACGAACARUGAAAACAAACCCCUUCCACCUCCACUGAAACACAAGCUUCAUUCUAAAGAACAUUCUAUACUUGAGCCAGUUCCAAAGCUCAAGAAAAUUGUUCCUGAAAAGACCAAAGAAAGUGAMGAAWCAAAUGUAACGGAACAAGACAACGAGGAGAGUGAGCCACCUAAAGAUAGCAAAGACAGCGAAUCAUCAGGAAAGCAGCAAAGUCCGAUUGAAAUUUUUGAUGAUGAAGAGGAAAAGAAAAAAAUUGAAUCUGAAUCUGAAACAAAGCCAACUAAAACAUCUACUAGUCCUGUUAUCAGCUCCAUGGCAAAAGAUGAAGACAGCUCUACAAAGCGUUCCAGCUUCUCACCCCCAAAAAAGCCACUCCUUUAUCCUUCAUCCAAGAAGAUAGUGCAUUCAGUGAGUCCCACUCUUCCCGGCAAGGAUCUUCCCAGUCCACAUUCCAUGGGACCACAUCAUAGAGCUGCAAUUCUAAUUCCAGUCGUACCUAUGCAUGACGCCAAUGGACUCCCACUUCCUCCCAGCCUUGGSCCACCUUCACCACACAUGAAGCCGUACUCGCCCAGAACAUUUACRCCUCAUCUUAUUACCCACAAUCCUCCAUUUUCGUCAGCUGGACUAUUUAGUGGACCUCCGCCGAAUCGUUACCCAGCAGGCUCAUGUCAUCACUAUCACCCGGGGCUCAAACCGGGACCGUGUAAACGUGACGUUAACUGUCCUUUCCAUGGCUCCCACAAUCGUGCACUUCAGGGAGGACUUCUUGGGAUUCCAUCUCACCAUCCGGGAUCUAUGGGACCUUUCAACAGUCCACAUGAACACAUUACCCAAAUGCUAGCGAGGGAAAGAGAACACAGAGAAGGGCAUUGUCCUAACAGUGAUUGUAAACUUUGUCGGCAAGGGAAAGAAUCUCCAAAAAUUCGAGAACUUGACCCGCAAUCGAGUAACGAAAAGAAAUCUCCACAGCCAGCCAAAGUUGUUAAACCAAUAGCGCAUGUGCCAGGCAUGCGUCCUCCUCUUAUGCUGUCGCACCUGCAACAGUUUGGAAUAAGACCUGGACAUAGCUUUUCAGACAUCGAUACCAUCCAGGAAGAAAAAGCAAGACGAUCAGGAUUAGAUCCACUUUUGUCACCUAGAACAAAGCUUGGUAGUACCUCUCCAGAUCGUCCGUCUAGAGAACCACUAGUCCCUGGAAUGUUUCCUCAUGAAAGGAGAUCACUUCCWCAAUCACUUACUUUGUCUGACUUAAACAGGAGACGCGAACAAGAAUUCCUGAAAGGUCCUCACGAUAGUCUWAACAAACGACGUGGACUUCCUGGCGAUUUCAUUGUACCAGGAUUUUCACCGCCUUCAAGUCUAAGCAAGACUGGUUUGAUUCAUCCAAAAGACUCCGCUCUCUUUAGCACAAGUCGCAAUCAAGCGAUUAUAUCUUCACAAUCAGARAAGCGUGAUUUGCAUCGACUGGACGAUCGUGAACGUAAUGCAUUUCUUCCUGACACUUUAAAAUCAGGACCUCCACGUCUACGACCGCUGGACGAGAAGAUCGACGUGCACGCGCUACGGAAUCUAAACGAACAGAAAGGACGCGAAGAUAUAGCAAGGCGUGAGAGUGCACCUGCCAUGCUUCCCGUACCUACUUCUAAAGAAGGAUCUGGACUGCCCCCUGCAAAACUCUUUGAAGAUAGAGAGGUAGCACGCGAUCAAGCACGUGACCAAACGAUAGGCUUUUCUCGGCCCAAUAAAGAAUUUGAUAUGCGACUUCUUAGUAGCCAUGGCAACUCAUCAAUUCUUGGUCCUGGGAUGAGAAAUCUAGAGGAAAGUCGUAAAAUAUCAGAAGACGAAAGGAAAGGAUCGACAAGGGAAGASCGUGAGCAAGAAGCCAGGAGGACAGUCGAGUCAGAAACUAGAGAACGCGAAAUACGGGAGGAGCAAGCAAUGAACGCUUUAGAAGCAUCACAUCGUCGAAGUAUUGAACAAAUGAGAGAAAAGGAACAGGAAAAACGUGCUUUUGCAGAAAGAGAUGCAAUGCGGGGACUGACACCUAUGGAGAGAGAUCGCAUGAAGCAACAGCUGUUGAGAGGGCCUGAUGCUGAAAAACAUUUCAAGUCAACUUUUGCGCUACCACGUGAAMGAUCACCUCCUUUUCUACGCAGAGAAAUGUUUCAGGAGCGAUUAAUUGAUCCAUCCAAGGUUGAUCAUAGAUUGGAUUUAAGGUCGGCCCCACUUUAUGAUUUACAAAGAAGGCAGGAACUAUUUCGUGCAACUGAAGGCUCGCACAGAGAACUGCUUGGUAGAAUAGCAUCCACUUAUUCUGCCAAUAAAACUGGACAUCCUACCGAUAAACACUUCUCUGAAAGAUUUCACCCCGAAUUACCUCGUUCUCUAACAGAUAUUGGGGGGCACUCGCCAUCUAGAGGGUAUCCAUUGUCGCUGGCGUCUAGGCAAGCCAUGGACAGACUGGCCGCUGCUGCGCAAGGGAAAUCCAUUCCACUUAACAAGGAGUUAGAUAAAGAAAUCCCAAUACAUCUUAGAACGGAGAUGGAACGUGAAAGGGAAAAAGAACGACAUCGACUUAGUCUCGAACAAAUUGAUGUCAAUCGGCGGCUUCUCCAAGCAGAACUCAAAGAAAAAGUUAACCCUUUGGUUCUCAACCGAGAAAUUGGUCCACGGGAUCGAGAGAAGGAGAUGGCUGCCCUUAGGGCACGGGAACGUCUUAUGAUCGAAAGAGAACGGCACAUGGCGUUUGAAAGACUUGUCGAAGAAAGAAGACGGAAGCGUGAUGCUGGUGAACUUGAAGGACCAUUUAUGCCUGCAGGUCGACAUCUUCCAUCACCUCCCUAUGGUCGAGCGUUAAAUGAAUUUGAAAGAGCAAAGAGAAUGAGACUUGAUGAACAAAUUCUAACACCAUCUUCUUACGGCUCACUCAUGGCYUCCCAAGSCGUGAAUUCCUUUGAUAGUAAAGCUAAGGAUGAUCGCCUUACUUCGCCAAAGGGAGGUGUAGAUCAAAGACUUGGACGGCCAUUAGAGCUCGAACUUUCAAACAAAAAUCCUACUUCAAUWCUGGAGCGAGAAGCACUAUGGCUGCGUGAGCGUGAACGUGUAAUGAGAGCUAAAGAAGAACUCAGCAGACUUCAGCCUAAAGUUUCGCACAGCCAUACCGGACAUUUGCCUGCUGCGUUUGUCAACUCCAAAGACAGGCCAGAGGGGGUUCCGCGCGAUUCUGAAAACAGUGGAAAACAGCCCGAUGACGAAAGUGUGAAUCUUUGUUCAGUGUGUAAACGAGAUGCGUCUUUCUUGUGUUCGGGAUGCCAAGGGGCGUGGUACUGUAGUACAGAAUGCCAGCUCUCUGCAUGGGCGAAACACAGUCGAGAUUGUGGUCAAUCACAAAGACAAUAGCAAGCCAUCGUCGGUAUAUUCGCGGUUUUUUAUAUAUAAAAUUAAGAAUUUAAUGGUGUUAUGGUAAUUAAGAGGAUUACUGUAAUCUUUCUUAUGGAAUAUCGAUGACUGUAGUGUUAGGAAAACAAACUUUGAAUAUCUGAAACAAAUGUAAGGUGUAAUAUAUUUCAUACAAAAUUGUCAACUAAUCAAUUAAUCGAGUAGAUAGUAAGUACUGUACUUAAACAAUAACGAACUAUUCCCAAGCGUACGAAGUGUACAAUAUUGAUGAUAGUGAUAAAGCUACACAUUCACGUGCUAUUUUUUGGAAUCUUUCGAGUGUACAUGAUGAAAGAAAAGAUACCAAGUAGUUCACAAUAUAUAGAGAUUGUAUUGUUGAACAGUAGCUCUGUCACUCCUGUCAGAUUUUCACUCACUAAUGACAGCAGGCGAUGAUUUGUCUUUUGAAGUUUUCUUCUUUUUUUCUUUUUGAUUUUACUACUUCAAAGGCGAGCUAGCUAAGCCAUUGUUUGUUAAUGAAAACUUUGGUGUUGAUUUCUCAUAGAUGCACUGAAUUCAUAUACUAUGAAAAUAGUUUUGUUUCUACUUGCUAAAAAAAAUUCUAAUGAUAUAAAUUUAAAACAAAUUUAAUUGAUUUAAAUUAUAUUGGAAUUACAGCUGAGUAAUAUUUGAUAUAGAAUCUAUACUUUUUUACAUUUUUUGGUUUCUUGUGGUAUGAAUGUCUCUAUCGUUCAGUAAUUAGAUGAAAUGCUAGGGAAGAGCAACUGUCCAGAUGACUCUAUCGUAAUCAGUGCUAAUCCUAUGAAGCAAGAACAUUUAUGAAUCACAAAACGAUCGUGUAGCGAAUGCGUCUCUAGGUGGUAGAACUAUCAAAACACCUAGGGGUGCAUUACUUCAUGCAAACAGGACCUAUUGUGAUAAAAUUAAUUAUUAUUUAAAGAAUCACAACCAACCGUCGUAUCUUGCGAGCCGAAGCGCCAUUUUAGGUGGACACGAAAAUGGCGGAUUCGUUGGGAUUUCUUAGUUAAAGUGAGCGCGAAUCGUCUUCUAUCCAUUCAGUUUGGACAGAAAUACCUMUUUUAAAACUAAGUAUCUCACAGRUACUAAUAAUCUUUUGUAUGAUUGUCGCAUGCAAUUAAACGUAUGUAAACAAUAACAAAAGCGCGCGCUGUAUCAUGGUUGGUUAGGAUUCUUUAAUAGAGUUGAACUUGAUGGACCUUUUUUCGUCAUUUGAUGAAUCUAUUCCCAGUUGUUGGUUCAGAAAAUUCCAUUUUCGAUCAAUAAGUGCUCCGUUUUUUAUACGACAACCCAUUUUUUCAAACAGGUGUACUUUGCACACAAUAUUCAUGAUUAUUGUGGCCAACACUAACUGUGUCAUUACAACAUAUACGAUUUUUCUUCUGACUUCUUGAUCAACUGAAAUGAUUUCACAAUUCUGUUCCUCGGUUUUACUGUAUACUGAGUUAAAAGUCCUAUAUAURGAAAUUAUAUGUUCUAGAAAGACUUCUAUUUAUGAAUUCAGUCACUCUAUUUAAUUUAGAAGUUUUAUAGGACUAUUUCAUAUGCMGAAUUCAAUGCAAAUACAAAUAAAAAAAGAACGGUUAAGGUAAUUUAUUUUGAAUUUUGCAAAUGUAKCAUUCAAUGUAGAAAUKACAAGAAUCUUACAUCGAAUUAAAAGAUAACCAUUGUCAUGAUCACGUGACAUGUGGGUACUCAUGGGAAAUAAACUGGGUUAUUGUCAUCACAUGAUCAUGCAUUAGUAUUCAUUACAACCUUGAUGUAAAUUGCUGUAUUAUAGUGGAUUGAGAUAAGUUGAUGAUGGUAAUAAUAACGAAUAUAACAAAUUAACAUUUUUUCAGAAAUAUCUAUUAGUCCUUUUAUAUUUUUUAUAGUAUUAGACAGGAGAAAGUCUCCUCUAAACAUUAUAUUGGCCAUCGUGAGAACAUCUUGCUUUUUUACGAAAAAUAAGUCCAGACCAAUAUUAAUAUCGUAUACUUAUAUUAUUUCGUAUGUAAAAUAUUGCUUGGAAUUUGUUUUGAGAAGUAAUUUUACGUGUGUUCAGAACACUACAACAGUACGCAAGAUUUAUUCUGACUAGCUCACUGUUAAACGGCCUAUUUAUCGAUUAUGUACCUUAAAAAGAAUAUUUCUUUUGUUACUUUCUUUGUUAAUCCAUUAUAUGUUCUUAAUGUGUUAUCUUCACUAGAGAAAAUAACAUGUUGAAUAUUUUCACUAAUGAAGUUAUUUAAUAGUAAAUUAUAGUAAAAGUAAUAAAUAAUGAUGAUAGUGAGUUUAGMAAUCUUUUCAUAUUAGUGUAAAGUCAUUGAGACACAGCAUAAACUGUUAAAAGGUCCUCACUGAAUGACGCGUUCGACUAAAUGUAUUAUUAUUUUCAAUAAGUUAUAAAGACAAUGCUCAUAAUGUAUUAAAUUCACUCGUGGAAUAAUAAAGAAAGAGUUGACAUUAAAAACUUGCUAAAA